UAUCAGUCAAUUUUUACGUAUUAUUUGAAGUAGUCAAUAAUCGAGUAGCUGGGUUCGAGAUUAAAAUUACAUUUUUAUCAUAGGAAAAACGAUAGCUGACAUUUUUAGUGAUAUUUGCUGGAUAAAAUGUUCAGUUCAAAGAUAUCUCCAAGAUCUUUGUUGCGAUUAGCAUCGCAAGCAAAUAUUUUAAGAUGUAAUGCCCAUUAUGGACAUGGUGAAGUUGCACCAACUGCCCUUAGUAAAAUUGGAAACCGGGAAAUUGUUGGACCUGGAAUAAAUGGACAACCAAUUUACGUAGAUUUGUCCAUAUUUCCUUUCCCAGCUAUUCGCUAUAAGGAAAAUACGCCCGAUAUAGCUGCACUCAAAGAAAAAGAAAAGGGUGAUUGGAGCAAAUUAUCGGUUGAAGAAAAGAAAGCUUUAUACCGCGCUAGUUUUUGUCAAACAUUCGCCGAAAUGAAUGCUCCCACUGGUGAAUGGAAAUCAGUAAUUGGAGGUGCUUUAGCAUUAGUAUCACUUGCUAUUUGGUAUUAUAUGGCCAUGGCCAAAUUUGUAUACUAUCCAUUACCAGAAACAUUCGAUGAAGAACAUCAACGUGCUCAAUUGAGACGUAUGCUUGAUUUACACAUUGAUCCAGUUGAUGGUCUUUCAUCGAAAUGGGACUACGAAAAGGACGACUGGAAAAAGUAAAUUUUUUGUUUAUAUUAACAGUAAUUUCAAAAAGAACAAUACUGCUGUUCGUGUUUUAAAGACACAUUCAGGAAUAUUUUCAAAAAUCGAAAUUCCAUUUUUCAGUGUAGUCCAAUUAUAAU